GAAAAUUUCAAAAAUGUUUCAAAUUCCUGUGGAAAAUCUUGACAGUAUCAGAAAGGUGCGGAAGAGGGUGAAAGGCAUUCUUGUGGAUAUUGGACUUGACAGCUGCAAGGAGUUGCUGAAGGAUCUGAAAGACUUUGAUCCAGGAGAGAAGUACUUUUAUAACACAUCAUGGGGAGAUGUUUGUCUCUGGGAAUCUUCUGGAAAGAAAAUGAGGUACAGAACAAAGCCAUACUGUUGUAGCCUCUGCAAGUACUCGACAAAGGUGCUUACUUCGCUCAAAAAUCAUUUGCAUCGUUACCAUGAAGAUGAGGCUGACCAGGAGCUGGUGAUACCCUGCCCCAACUGCACAUUUGCCUCUCAGCCUAAGGUGGUGGGGAAGCACUUCAGGAUGUUCCAUGCGCCUGUCCGCAAAGUCCAGAACUACACAGUGAACAUUCUGGGUGAAACGAAAUCAUCUAGGAGUGAUGUGAUAAGCUUCACAUGUUUAAAAUGUAACUUUUCGAACACUUUGUACUACAGUAUGAAAAAGCAUGUGCUGGUAGCCCAUUUUCAUUACUUAAUUAACUCCUACUUUGGCCUGAGAACUGAGGAAACUGGGGAGCAACCGAAAAUGAGUGACACUAUUUCUGUGGGCAAGACCCCGCCAUCUGAUAGAUAUUACUGUAAGAAGUGCAGCGCCAAUGCCAGCAGUCAGGAUGCUCUGAUGUACCAUAUUCUGACAUCUGAUGUGCACAGGGACUUGGAGAAUAAGCUGAGGUCUGUGAUUUCAGAACACAUCAAGAGGACUGGGCUUCUGAAGCAAAUGCAUAUUGCUCCAAAACCAAUGGCCCGCUUGGCCAUACCGCCAAACAGCAGUGCUCCAGGCAUUGCAGCCCCACCACCUUGCUUCCGCCUCGCCUUGCCACAGAACAAUCAAAAUCCAGCAACAGUGCAGCCGGUGACUGUGACUCCGGGGACUUCGGGGAGCCUUACCCAUUCCCCACCUGCUAUUGCCCAGUCCCACGUGGCUCUGGUCUCCAGCCCUCUGCCUGUGUGCCAGAGCAGCCUCACUCUGCAGCCCUCAGCUCCCCCGCCUGUUAUUCUGUCUCAUGGGGUUCCACUUAACCAGCCUGUGAACUCUCCUGUGCUGCCCCUGAGUCAGCCAGCUGGGCCUGGGAAUAAGUCUGUUGGAGCCAGUGUCCGCCCCGUGAAUCAGGCCAUCCGACCUGGGGUUUUACCUCUCACUCAGCCCAUUGGACCCAUAAGCAGACCCGUGGGACCCAUAAACAGACCUGUGGGACCCAUAAGCAGACCUGUGGGACCCACGAAUAGACCUGUGGGGCCCAGUGUCCUGCCUGCUGGUUCCACUGUCAACCCUGGGGUUCUGCAGGCCACUUCACCAGGGGUGAUUUCAGUGGGUCGGGCAGUCCCUUCAGGGGUCCUUCCUGCAGGCCAGAUGACUCCUGCUGGGGUGAUUCCUGGACAGACAGCAACUUCUGGGGUCCUCCCCACUGGCCAGGUGGUACAAUCAGGGGUUCUCCCUGUUGGCCAGACGGCCCCAUCACGGGUUCUCCCCCCUGGCCAGACAGUGCCCUUGAGGGUUCUCCCUGCAGGCCAAGUGGUCCCAUCUGGGCUGCUUUCUCCCAACCAGACGGUCCCCUCAGGUGUCGUCCCUGUGAACCAGGGUGUGAGCUCUGGUGUUCUUCAGCUCAGUCAACCUGUCACAUCCGGAGUCCUUCCUGUGGGCCCACCUGUCAGGCCUGGUGUGCUGCAGCUCAGUCAGUCUGUUGGCACCAACAUCUUGCCUGUGAGCCAGCCAGUGAGAGCUGGAACAUCACAGAAUACCACCUUCCUCACAUCAGGCUCCAUUCUCAGGCAGCUUAUCCCUACAGGGAAACAGGUGAAUGGAAUUCCCACCUACACACUGGCUCCCGUGUCUGUCACUCUGCCUGUGCCUCCUGGCAGUGGCCUCGCAACUGUCACACCACCCCAGGUGCCUGUCCAGUUCUUGCCCUCGGGUUCAGGCACACAGAUGGCUAACUCCCUGCCCAGCCUGCCCUCCCCACAGGUGCUGGUCAGUGCUGCCCCAAGUGUGUUUGUUCAGGCUACCUCGCCUACGGCAGAUGCGAAUCAGGUGCUCAAACAGGCCAAACAGUGGAAAACCUGCCGGGUUUGCAAUGAGCUCUUCCCUUCCAAUGUCUACCAGGUUCACAUGGAAGUGGCUCACAAGCAGAGUAAGUCUCAGCUUUGUCGGGAUUGCAACGAGCUCUUCCCUUCCAAUGUCUACCAGGUUCACAUGGAAGUGGCUCACAAGCAGAGUGAGUCCCAGCUUUGUCGUGUUUGCAACAAGCUCUUCCCUUCAAAUGUCUAUCAGGUUCACAUGGAAGUGGCUCAUAAGCAGAGUGAGUCCAAAACUAGCGAGAAACUUGAGCCGGAAAAGUUAGCAGCAUGUGCACCAUUUCUGAAGUGGAUGAGGGAGAAGACAGUGCGUUGCCUCUCCUGCAAGUGCCUGGUCUCUGAGGAGGAGUUGAUGCACCACUUGCUUAUGCAUGGCUUGGGGUGCCUGUUUUGCCCAUGCACUUUCCAUGAUGUCCGAGGUCUUUUGGAGCACAGCAGAACUAAACACCUUGGGAGUAAGAGGCUGUCUGUGGAUUACAGUAACAGAGGUUUCCAGUUGGAUCUGGAUGCUAACGGCAACCUGCUAUUCCCCCAUCUCGAUUUCAUCACCAUACUGCCAAGGGAGAAGCUGGGGGAGCGGGAGGUCUACCUGGCCAUCCUUGCUGGGAUACACUCCAAGUCACUGGUUCCUGUGUAUGUUAAAGUCAGGCCUCAGCCCGAGGUUGUACCCAAGAUCUCUAGCAAACAGAAGCUGACCUGCCCUUUCUGUUUUGGCACAUUCGUGGCAGCUGACGCCUACGAACUGCACCUGAAGGAGAGGCACCAUGUCAUGCCUACAGUCCACACAAUGCUGAGGUCUCCAGCCUUCAAGUGCAUCCACUGCUGUGGAGUCUACACUGGAAACAUGACUCUGGGAGCUAUUGCUGUCCAUUUACUGCGUUGUAGAAGUGCUCCCAAGGACAGCAGCUCAGACCUGCAAGUCCAGCCAGGUUUUAUUGAGAGCAGUGAACUGUUGUUAGUCAAUGGGGAAGUGAUUCCUGAUUCCACUUUACCUGUAAAGAGAAAGCUGCCUGAUGGCCAUGUGGAGGCUGAAGACCAGAGAGAUGGUGAGGAGCACCCAAUUGUCCUAAAUGCUGAUGCAACCCCAGAUGCAGAGAAAGGGACAGUUGCUGUGCCUUUGAAGAGACAAAGGAAUGAAAGCCGGACAGAGGGACUGGUAGCCAAUGAUGACUCACUUCAGGUUUUAGCAUUAGAUCCUAAAAAGUAUGAAGGCCGUUCAUAUGAGGAAAAGAAACAGUUUCUUAGAGAUUAUUUCCAUAAGAGACCGUAUCCUAGUAGAAAAGAAAUGGAACUCUUGACUUCACUUUUGUGGGUGUGGAAAAUUGAUGUGGCUUCAUUUUUUGGAAAAAGAAGGUAUAUUUGCAUGAAAGCAAUAAAAACCCAGAAGCCCUCUGUACUUCUAGGCUUUGAUAUGUCUGAACUUAAAAAUGUUAAACACAGAUUAAACUUUGAGUAUGAGCCACAAAACCUGUGAAAAAGUAAGUCUAAAGUCCUAGGCAGUGUUUCCGGCUGACUUGGACGCCCUCCUGUGCUCUGUUGGUGUGUCAGUGUCUGCGGCUCUGCAGGGGUUCCAGGUGCUCAGAACGACUUCUGUUGAAGCAGAUAGUUCUCCAGAUUUACCAUUUCUGACAGUUCGAUUUGUAACAGUUAUUCUUGUUUUUUUUGCUGUCAUGUUUGUAAACUAAAUUUUUUGGUAUUCCAUGCACGCCUUGUUUUCCCAGUAGUAUCAGUAUCGAAUCUUAAACCUGAUAUCUACAAAUACUUGUUUUUUUCAUUUUUGGAAAUUUCUGCUUGUUUGAGAAUACCUGAUUAAUUGAAAAUAAGAGCAUUGUUCUCCCUCAGCUUUAUAGGCAGUAGUUAAUAGCACAGCACGUGUUUAGAGAAGUGAGCACUGUGGUGUGUGACUCCCUAAGGACACACUUGUAAGCAUUAACUUUUACUAAUUCUGUGAAUGCUAUUUGCUUAUGAGAUUAUAAUUUUUGUUUUCACUUUUGCAUUUACAGGUUGCCCGACAGCUUUUUUUUUUUAAACCAU